AAAAGAUUUCCUCCAAGGCUGAUAGAUUGACUUGCCAUUGAGCAAUUGGGUGAGCUCGGAAACCACCUACUGCUCGGCUCCCUCCCGCGGCGAAGAGCGCGGUAAGCUUUAGGAUAGUGAUUGCUAGCAUUAGUUGUUAAUCAUCUACUACAACAUAAGCAGCUCUAAAGACACAUAACUACAUAUAGAGAACAACUCAAUCUCUCACACAACGCAACAACUUGAUAUCAGAAACAACGUGAGGUAAGCGAGAUCUCGAUGCCAAGAAGAAAUAGCCGGGGUAGACGCGUUUGCUCUCAUUCCAGAAAAGGAAUAGCUUAUAGUGUCGGAAUAGUUUAGCGCAGAAAUAAGCGGGCCAAUCAGACGUGUGAGUUGUCUUUGCCGGCAGAGUGGUAAAAUACAGCGUAAAUAAUACGGCGCAGUUGUCAUGAAAGACAUAAUAAUUCCGCGCGUGAAAUGAAAAACGAUAUAAAACACACGACCUGAACUUCCGCCGAGUAUAUCUAGAUCGCGACCCAUUCAAUCGAAGACCAUGCCCCCCAAGAUCGGUGGAUGAAUCAGAUAACCCCAACUGAGUUUCCCCAGAAGAAUCAUACCACCUGCGGGUUGCCAAGGCUUGUGGUUGUACCGGAUGCACCAGUGAUGAGCCAUGUUGGCCGCUAUGCAAUGGGCAUCGCUGAUGCAUGUAAGAAAGUACGAAAUCGGGUGCAACCGAAUGCGCUUGGAACAUUCUUCCGCUAGCAGCAAAAUAAACGAUUGGCUCUGCUUUCGUAGGCGGACAUCUGCACAUCCACCCCAAACUUUCUCGCCGCUAGGUGGAGACGGCUAAACACAUUUGCAAACCAAAACCGACCUAGAUCGACCCUUGGUGUGGACGCAGCUGUUCCGCUUCCGUCCACUCGGCAGUGCUGGCACUUCAUUUCAACUACAGGUGUUUAUCAAGAACGUGGUUACAUCUGUGGGUCUUUUCCCGUCGGGAAUCAGUAACUGCACAAGCAACAAAAUGGGGUCUGAUUAUUUCCGUCUCAUCCACCCCCCUGGGCCACCCAAUAGUCGAGCCUGGAGGCUUAGAGCGGGCUAACAGGGUCCCAUAUUUUGCGAACUAACUAUAUAAGCACAUCUUCCUGUCUUUUGUGGAGAUCUGUUAUUAUUAUUAUUAUUAUUUCCCAUUCCGUGGUGAAUUUUUGCGUACGGAAAAGGGAUAGCCAGCAGAUCAUGCACAAAACCCCAGUUCCGAUCCACCCGGCGAUAGCAUUAAAUUUUCGUUCUAGACGCAGCAGGCGGUGCGAGUGUUGGAGAAAGGCUAAAUCAAAAGGAACCAAGGGACCAAAAUAAAUCUGGACCUGAAUUCGUUCUGACGUGACCAUACCUUAAAAACCUGAUCCUCUUAACCCUUCCCCUUCCCCGGCAGGACAAAAAAGGCACAUCUUACGUCUUGAAGCCAUGGUCAGAGUUUCUCGACAGGUUUCCUCUACCUUUCACGCUCGUUUCACCAGCAAAUCCGUUUCCGCCGCUUCCCUCUGACGUCGAUUAAGGAGCAAUUCCUCGCAGGUCGAAUCUUCGGACGUUCGUCAAUAUGUCAAUAAAACCCCUCCGCGAGAAGAUCAAACGCGUCUUCUCCCGCUCCGAUUCCGGGUCUCUCCCUGGCUCCUCUCCCACCCAAACGUCCAAAGACUCCAAGAACCAGAAAUCAAGCCGUCCGAAGAACGGUUACUGGCCCAGCCAGGCCCGCGAUCACAGAGGCGGCGGAAUCGGACCUUCGAUAGGCGUCAAACCGGGCAAGAUCAAAUAUCGAGCAAACGGCAAGCCGAAGAUAGAGCUAUACAAGGCACACGAGGUACCGCGGUCGAAAUACCGUGGCCCAUUCGAUGAAGCCCAUAUCCAGCGGCUGGCGGCGUAUUCGAUAUCCAACGCAAUGUUGAGUGCGGAUCGGCCGCGGUCGAUGCUCUCAGAGCUCUCUCCGAUGGGGACGAGGGCACCACCGAGCCGCAGAGGGAGCGUAGAGAGCGAGCGAGGGGUUGUGCAGUGCAUUAAUGGCGGAGUAGGGGAUGUGCAUCAGCGGCAUCCGCUAAUGCCGUCGAAGGACGCAUCAGGAAUUAUCUCGUCUACUGUGUAUUCCACAUCACCAAUUACCACCACCUUCUCAGAACGAAGGGAUAUCGAUAGUGGUCCUCCUAUCGCUCCUAAUAUCAGGGCUACCAUACUACAACCAGUCGACGGAAACAUGAGCUCCUCUACGCUCCUCACAUUGCAAACGCAAGAUACGCUACCCACUCAGGUGGAUGCAGCAACAAUCUCCGCCGUUCAACCAAAUCGGGUCUCAGAGGCAGAAAAGGAAGCUGUGUCACCGUCCAUGUCCCGGCCCGUCUCGUCAGAGCAGCUAUCGAGUGCGUUGCACGCGAUAAAGCUAAGAUCAUGAGUAAUGAUAUUUUUGUGUUGGUAUUAUAUCACUGCUACGAUGUAUCGGUUCAUUCUUUUCCUUUGUCUGUUGGCUUAGAUAAUUGGUUACCGGGCGCUUGGGUUUCUGUUUGAUAUGAGCAUAUAAGCACUGGGUGGUGGCGCGAAUUCUCUUACAUUGAAUUGUCAUUCGUAUGUAGGUUGCUUUAUUUUGUUAUUCCUCUUUUGUUUUCUUUGUUUUUCUGUCUUUGUGGCCUAUUAUUAUCCCUUUGUUCUCCGCGCAUUUAUGCUAAACAUGUACAUAGACAGAGGUUUAGAUACAUUCAGUACCUCGCCAUAAGUUUUGAAACUGUUAUGAAAUUCAAUUUGGCAGUACACCGGGCCGAUUUGAUGUUCAAAAAUGUUUCAAACUUAUGGCGAGUCUAUACUUAUAGAUUGAUAGAGACAUAUCUAUAGACAUUAGGUCAUGCUGAAACAUAGAUUAUGGCUAAAUAAAUACCUGAGUUAAUUGCGGCUCCCUUGUUUACGCUCUCUCUGCACCAAGUUUUUAUAACAGGAGCCAACGCAGUCUGUAAACCAACUGGGUUAUCUCCGGUGGUUUUUUGGUCCAGUUGGUUUUCCCCUUCAACGAAUUAUGAAUGACACUCGAAGGCAGCGAGUGGGGUAACUGAGUUGAAAUGGGUCUGAAUUUAAUGAAUAACCUAGUAUCACAGUUAACAUAGGGUUUGUUGCCAUUCGCGAAAUAUU